CCCUCCCGCGCCCCUCAUCCACGGUCCUGGGCCCCCCCUCCCCGCGCUUCGCGGUUGUCGGUCGCGGCGCCUUCGUCACUCGGAGGGAGUCCGCGAGAGGGGAAAUCCGGAGGUUGAAACGAAGAAACGCAAGGGGCCCAGCCGUCUCGCGUCUCGCAAACGACUCCGCAGCCGCCGCCGCCGCUGCCGCCUCCUCCUCCUCCUCCUGCUGCUGCUGCCCGGGGCCUAGCGACCUGAAUCGUAGCAUGGCGUGCAUGGUGGCCACCCCAGCGCUGGAGCUGAGCGGGGACUUCCCAGCGUGGCUGGAAGCGCAGGGCGUGAACGCGGAGGUGGCCCGGGCCAUGGACUCGGAGCUGGGCAUCCGGGACUACGGGGUCCUGCGCGCCUGCGUCGGGGACGGCCUCGUGCGGGCCGAGCUGCUGGCCACGGCGCGCGACCGCCUGCCCUUCGGCUUCUACGCCGUGCUGCGGCAGGUGGUGAAGGCCCUGCGGGGCGCCGAGCCCCACGACGCUGGGACGUCGCGCUGGGACGACGCCACCGCCUCCCCUUCCUCCCCUGGCGACGUGACCCUGGGAGGCCUGGUGGACGUGCUGCUCGCACUGUUCAGCGGCUUGAGCCGGGAGCUGCUGCUGUCCGUUCAGAGGUUGGGAGGUGGCGGUGGUGGUGGUAAUGAUGAUGGUGAUGGUGGCGAUGGUGAUGAUGGUUCUGACAGCGGUGGUUGGGAUGGUGAAGAUUGUGGGGAUGGUCAGGCUGAAGAGGAUCUGGUCGAGGCCUGGGAUGAGAUCAAAACUGAACAUAAGGACUCGGAUGAAGGAGUGACCGAAGUGUCGGAGCAGCACGGAGCGAGACCCGGCUUCUCUGGGGCCCAGCUGAAAGGGGUGACGAUGACGACCACAAUGAUGGACGUUCCCGACGAUGAGCAGCUCACUUCUGAGAACGCGGAAGGAGAAGAAGGAAGCGGCGGAGACGACCUGGAGCUGAGCGUCAACGACAGAGAAAACCUUAACCUCCCAGACGACCAUUACAACGAUGACGACAACAAUUACAACAACGACGCUUACAACAAUGACGACACUUACAUCAACGACAACACUUACAACAAUGAACAUUUCAACGACGAAGACAAUUACAUCGACAAAAACACAGCCACCGCCGAAACGAGCAACUCGCAACCCACUCUGUGCAGCGGUGGCCGCGAUGGUGAUGGGUCCAGCGACAGUCCGUCGCAGUCCCAGGCUCCCGAGAAAUCUACGGCAAUCGCGCCGGCUUCAGCUGAGAAGGCGCGUCCACACCAGUGCCUGCACUGCGACAGCCGCUUCUUCAAGACUGACGACCUGAAGCGGCACAUGCGCACGCACACGGGCGAGCGACCCUACUGCUGCGAGGUGUGCGGGCGCGCCUUUUCACAGCUGUGCAACCUCAAGAAGCACUGGAUCACGCACACCGGCGAGCGGCAGUACCGUUGUGCGCUGUGCGGCCGCGCCUUCAAGCACUUCUCGGGGCUGCGGCUGCACGAGCGUACGCAUACGGGCGAGCGGCCGUACGGCUGCGACGUCUGCGGCCGCGCCUUUGCACACUACUCCAACAUGAAGGCACACCGCCGCACGCACACGGGCGAGAAGCCCUACACGUGCGAUGUGUGCGGCCGCGCGUUCUCGCAGGUCGGAAACAUGAAAAUGCACCUGCGCAUGCACCACGGCGGGCAGGUGUGACCUGAGCUCACGGGGAGUCGAGUCGCCGGUACCGCAAAGGGAGAUUUGCGUUUUGGUAUCAGCACGUGUCUUGAAAUACUUAGUAUUCUCCAGCUGCUAAAGAGAUAGCGCGGGUGUGAGGAGUCUUUGCCGCAUUGAGGGUUGCAUAGAUCUUUCGAAUACAAUUUGGAGGGAGUUGCCAGCGCUGAGACGCCAUUGGGAAAGGAGGAAGGGAAUUUUGAUUUUCGGGAUCUGUGUGUGUCGAGACACUUGGUUGGGAUGAGCUGCCGUGGAGAUGUAGUAGAAGGGUGGGGAAGCUGUUCCUUACUCGGGGCCAAAUAGGACCUGCAAAUACCUUCACAGGUGGGCCACACACGAUCACACACGCCUCGGUCAGGUUUGGCUCUUCAGGAGGCCAGUUGUAGUUACAGAAGCGACUUGAGUGCAUUUGAAAUUAUAUCGAGUGUUUAUGGGGGCCCAGGGCUGUUUUAGUUUUGUGGGGUGGCCAUCUUUGUAUAUUCAAUUCCUUUACUGUUUUAUUACCACCCCUGCCCAAUGUUAAGCACUCUCUUGUUAUUUAUCUUGGUUUCUUCAGUUCUAGUGUUUAACUGUUAUAUAUGCAUUGCUAAGCUCAAUCAAAAGUUAAUUAAAGCAAACAAAACUACAUGUUUGCUCAGAGAUGGCACAAAUGGGCACAGUGUUGCUAUGGUUUUAUUUUGCAAUUCACUACAGUAUUUAUCAUAGUGCUUCAGUAUAUUGUGUUUCUACCAUUAUAAAGCAGUACAGGUGGUCCCCGUUAUGUCGUCUCGAUAUACGUUGUGUCGCACUCACGUCGCUGACUUUUUGAGGAACCCAACGUAAAAUUUCCCCGCACACACAGUCGUUACGGCUUUUCCGACUCAUUUCACCCGAGUCGAAAACACUGUUCAACUCGUAUUUCGCGCAUGCGCUGCCACCUUUCUCAGUCCCAUCUUGUUCUCCAACUAAUGUAGCGAGUGCUCCUUGUAAUCGGCGUGGACUUUAUUGCAAAACAUCGUCGCAAACCUUCAACAAUGAGUAGCACGCGUAGUGCUAGUGACAGUGCAGGUGACGGUGCAGGUUGUGAGCAUAAAGAGAAAGCGCAGUAGUAUUACGCUCGAUGUUAAAAUGGAAGUGAUAACGUGUCGUAGGAAAUGUCAACGGUGCGAUUGAUAUUGGGCGCCAUUUGAAUGUUCCUCCCAACGAGUGUAUGUACGAUAGUAAAGAAUUCUGAUGAAAUAGAAAGUAAAGCUAAGCAUGUUUUUAAAACAUUCGGAGGUUAAAAUUACACAGCAAAGAAGUGCUAUCGUGGGAAAAAAUUACACGAUUGCUGGCCUUGUGGAUCGAGGAUCUGCACAACGAGAAUACGCCGAUCAGCUUAGCCCUCGUUCAGGCAAAGGCCCUAAGCUUGUAUGAGGACUUGAGAAAGCGGUUGGGAGAGGAAAAGGCAACGAAAAAGAAACCAUUCAAGGCCGCCCGUGGAUGGUUUUGCAGAUUUCAGGCACGAUAUCGUUCAAGAACGAAAAAAUACGGGGAGUCAGCCAGUGCCAAAGCAGAUGCUGCUGUGCUGAUACGUUUCCAGAAAAAAGGUGGUUAUGAAAAAAGGUGGUUAUGAUCGUAGAUAGGUGUUUAAUCCUCUCCCAACACAACUCAUCCACUCAAGGUAACAAAAACUAUAGGUUAAGGUAAAAUCUUGUUACAAUACUGCUUAAUAUUGUGCUUUAUGCAACAAAAUGUGUUUUUGUUUAAUUAUUUGCUUUACAAUGUCAAAUACGUUUUCUCUAUAUAUAAAAAGGAUUCGUUACAAAUAUGUGUACAUUGUACCGUACAGGUUAUUCUGUACAUGUCAAGUACGUAUUUUGGUUGCUAGGUAUGAAACAAUAUUUGCCUAAGUUACGGUCCCUAUCUCUACCUUAUUCCAUUGUUUCUUAUUGGAGAAAUUGCCCUGCUUUGCAUCACAUGGUCAAUGUUUACGCUCUUACGGUCCCUAUCCCCCCCCGCCCCCCCCAUUAACAUGUAUUUCUAUGGGGAGGGGGGGGGAAGUCCACUAUAUGAUUUCGUUAGCGGUCGCAACUUUCUGGUCCCUAACCCCGACGUGCAUUGGGGACACCCUAUAUAUUUAGAAAUCCCCUGCUUUCAUUGGUUCAACCCCAGCAGGCACCCUGGUUAUUGCUGGUGGAGUAUUAACCAUAUACACUGUGCGCUGUGUGUUUCACAGCAUAUGUUAAGAGAUCCUGUGACGUUCAAAAGGAGUAGGCAAUAUGUGCCGGCAAUUUGCCAUACAUUUGGAAAUAUUACUUGCAGAUUACGAUAUUGGAAAAUAAACACGGCAACAUCGCCCCCUACUUCCAGGCUAAUUCCCAAUUUGCAGGUCGGUGCUACUUAACACCUUGUGCCACACAGGGACAGCUGCUACUGGGUGGUGCCCUUGGCUAAACUAUCAGGGCACUUAAAUGGUUGCGAUAAGAUAUGAUUUAAGGUGCUUUGAAUUGCUGAGACAUUUCAGUGCCCUGUAAGUGCAAAUCCGUAUGCUUACAAUUCCAUUUAAGAUGCAAUAAUUGUGUUUUGUCUUUUUUUUAAUUCUUUUUAUCCGAAGUCACAAUGCCAAGCGGCCAGCAACAAACAGCACUAUCAAUGUUAAAUAUACGUCAACGAUUUUUUUCAUUGAACAAGGCUAUAAGAGCUUGGGAAAAGAGAUGGGGGAGGGGUUUGGAAGAGAAUUCCAGAGUGGAGCAGUGCAAGGAAAGAAACAGAAGUGUUGUUACCUGAUACUUAAACACUACAGAUAAGAUGAACAUUCUAGCAUCACUGCACCACAGGUACGUAGGUGCGGGAAGUUCAAGUUCACAGGAAAAGUCACCAUAGUAGUGAUAAGGAGGUGACUGAUCGCUGGUGAGCGAAUCGGUGAGUUCUGGAUCAUCAAUAAACCUGUUUGCUUUCCUCGAAA